AUGACUAAUCCCAGACCGGGCCACCCGGGCCUCGGAGGCCGACCGAUCGUCACGUCUUCAAAGGCCCCGUUCGGGAACCAACCCACUGGCCGCGUCAACAAGCAGCAUGCCCUCGUAGACGCCAUAAUCCCGGGGCCCGCCGCCCCUCCCCGAGAAUACGGUGAUUGGCUUAGGUCACCGUUGCCGUCACUCUUCCGUUUGGUCGACAAUGUUCCCGGCAGACGCCGCGUCCGUAGAGCUUAUAGCUCGUGUCUCUGUGACGGGCACACCCCCGCAGCAGCAGGGGUUCCCAAGCCAGAGUCGAACUGGGAACACUCCAGAGGGCAUCCAACCACAUGGCACGGACCACUCGGGCCCGCACCGGCCGUCCCUCUUGCCGACAUAUCAGAGACAGAUAGCGACGGCCGCGCCCCCCGCCGUCCCAUAUCCGUCCGGCGUCCACCCAAGGGGGGCGUCGGGCAGGACAGGGGGGACGACGGGAAGGCUGGCGGCCCCCCCGAGAUCCCAUAUCCGUCCAGGUCUCCCACUACAGGAGGCGGAACGAAUAGGGGGGACCACGGAAGAGGCCCACGGACGCCACUACCUUCAGUGGAGGCUUUGCGAAACCCGCGCCCCCCGCCUUCCCAUAUCCGCCCGGCGCCCCCCGAGAGGGACGUCGAAUCGGACAGGGGGGAAGACGGGAAGGUUGGCGUCACCACGCGGCCCCAUACCCGCCCGGCGCUCCCACACAGUGGGGCACGUCGGAACGGGCAGGGGGGGCCCCGGGAACAGCCGGCGGAUGCCACUACCGUCAUAAGAGGACUACGACCGCCCCCCCGCCCUCCCAUAUCCGAACGGACAGGGGGGAAGACGGGAAGGUUGGCGUCACCACGCGGCCCCAUGCCCGCCCGGCGCCCCCACACCGGGGGACGUCGGCACGGGCAGGGGGGGCCACGGGAACAGCCGGCGGAAGCCACUAUCGUCAGAAGAGGAAAGCGACACCCGCGCCCCCCGCCCUCCCAUAUCCGUCCGGCGCCCCCCGAGAGGGACGCCGAACCGGACAGGGGGGAAGACGGGAAGUUGGCGUCACCACGCGGCCCCAUACCCGCCCGACGCCCCCAAAGGGGGACGCCGGAACGGACAGGGGGGGCCACGGGAACAGCCGGCGGAUACCACGCCUUUCCACUGCGCCCCAGACUACUAGACUGCACUAGGGGAUAA